UUAGGGUUUUUCGAUCCUGUAUAAAAGAGCAAUGUUCAUCAUUUUCACUCUUUACCUCUGAGCUUAGCUUCUCUCAAUCGUCUCUGGGAUAAGUACUUGCAAGAUGUCUCGAGGCUGUCUUCAUCCAUUGUGCAUACAGAAAAUGAAUGCCCAAGAAGACUAUGAUGCAUCGGAAAGGGCGGCUCUGGUAGCGGCUUAUCUGAUAAGCUCUGCGAGGGUUAUAAUAGAGCUGGACAGUGAGUUUACUAAGUACUCAGCUCAGUUUUUGGUGGACUACGCUGGUCCCAAGAAUGAAUCCGAGCAGGGAGAAGCUGAUCAACAAAGCGGCCUGAUGACUCUCGAUGAAUGCAUUGAGUAUUUGGAGUACAUCGUUCGUCUCGAGGAGGAACCUGGGCAGGGAGAAGCCAAUCAACAACGCCCCGAGCUAACCGUCAAAGACUGCCUCGAGUGUGCCUUCAAAAAAGGGAUGCCCAAAGCAGAACAUUGGGGACAUGUGGGAUGUGUGUUCAAAGUUCCCAAAUUUGCUGCAGCCAUACCUCGCGUUCCAAUGAAAGGACAAGUGAUUGAGGCUAAGACAUUUGAGGAUGCAUUUAAGUUGUUGGUGAAGCAACCGGUAGGAGCUAAACUGCAUGUGUUCAGUCCGGAGAUUGAACUUGUCGGAGAAGAUGGAGUUUACGAGGGUCCGUCAGUUGCUGGAACACGCUACCUUGGACUCAGAGACGUGAUCUGGAUUGCAGUGGAGGAGAAGGUUGCGACGGUGAGGAUUUGCUACAAGAAGGAAACUUUGGACGUGAAAGUGUCUUUGGAUCGUAUGCUUCUCGCGUUACCGGGUGAUGGCGAUGGCGAAGAGACUCAGCUCACAGAGCCAACGGGACUCCUCGUCGACUUCAUUGUCCCACGCUUAUCUAAGUAAACAAGAGCUUAGUUCUUGGUAAGUAUCUAGAGGCCGAUUGUUAGUUGUGGUCCUGUAAUAAGAACGUCUUUCUCUGUAAGUAUCAUGAAAACCAUAUUGCUAGUUUGUUUGCAGUCCGAAAUUAAGAUUAUUCUACGAGACUUUU